UUAUAAUGAAAUUUCAACUUUGACAUGAAAACAUCUUCACUUCUGGAAAACUUAAACUGCAACAAUGUUAUUUAGCAUUUCGAGUUAAGAAACUAUUUAAAAUGCAAGAACUCAUUGGAACAUUUUUGAUGGGUAAAGUUUGAAAUGUGCGAGCCCCUGAUCAGGUUUGAUAAUCAAACCCAAAAGAUUCUUCAACAUGAAAACAGGAGUUUUCAUUCUUUGCGUAUUUUGUGCAAACUCGUUUGUGGUAGAUUCGUUUGAGAAGAGCUUUUUGGAGCGCUAUCAAGAAGCGAAUGACCGACUACAAGAUGUUUUGAAAAGGGAUGCAAAUUUGCAAAAGGAAUGGGACGCCAGGCAGAAAAUGUGGAGAGAACCUAUCAAUAAGGGGGCUGCGAUGUUAGGCGACGAGGUUUUGGCAAAAUGCGGUAGGAUGAAGUCAUCCGUAGCCCCGGACUCAGUACACCGACUGUUGCCUGGAGAUAUUAACGUCGUUGCCGCUGUUGGCGAUUCCAUUACUGCUGCUAAUGGGGCAUCUGCUACUACCGUAUUUGGUUGUCUUACGGAGUACAGAGGGCGCUCAUGGUCUGUUGGCGGUGAUCUUAGUCUGAGCCAAGGGGUUUCCACAAUACCAAACAUCCUGAGGACUCUCAACCCAAAUCUUGUUGGUUACUCAGUAGGUGAAGGGGGUGUGGAAAGUAGUGGGGCGAGGCUGAACGUAGCUGAGCCAGGCAACAUUGCAAUUGAUAUGCCACGACAAGCCCGGAAUCUUGUACAGCGCUUGGCGUCCAGAUCUGAUGUUGAUUUCCAAAACGACUGGAAACUCAUCACUCUAUUCAUUGGUGGAAAUGAUCUCUGCGCCGUCUGCAAUGAUAGGGAUGCGAAAAGUCCAGAGAACUACCGUAACAACAUAAAGGAAGCUUUAGACAUUUUAUACGCCGAUGUCCCAAGAGCAUUCGUCAACGUUGUGUCCAUCUUGGACAUAACACCCCUGACAGCCCUAGCCGAAGAUUUGAUAUGUACCGUUGUCCAAGCGGCGGUAUGUGACUGCGGUUACGGCGAGGAGGACAUCCUAGAAGAGCUCCGCCAAACACAAAAGGAUUAUAACGCUAACAUGGAAGAACUAAUCGAUAGCGGUCUAUACAAUGGACGCGAUGACUUCACCGUCGUUUUCCAGCCAUUCUUUAAAGAUACUACACCACCGACAAAACCAGAUGGAACCCCAGAUGUAUCGUACUUCGCCCCUGAUUGUUUCCAUUUCAGUGAGAAGGGGCAUAAACAGGCAGCUACAACGCUAUGGAAUCAGAUGUUUGAGCCAGUCGGAUCCAAGAGACAGGCAUGGACUCAGCAAGAGAGUAUUCAAUGUUCCCCUGGCUCGUUCUUUGCAACAAGCCGAAACAGCCGAAAGAGAGCAGCACUUGUAGCGAAUGGUGAGGGGAGCGAAGCGAGUACGUCUGAAAUGGGCGUUUCAUACAUACUACUAGCAACUGGACUUGUCAUCUGCGUCGCCAUUGUGGCAAGCCUUGGUGUAAUAUACGUACGCCGCCGUAGCAGAAACGCCCCCACUGGUCUGAAUUUACCAACCAGUUCCGAGAGUAGAGUAAACAUUACCGAUAUAUCUACGUAGAAAACGUACAUUUUGAAUUGCUCUGGAAACUUUUUCUAUGUAGCACUGUUUUUAAUUAUUUUGUUACUGAAAAACAGCAUUCCAACUUGAAUACCACUGAUUUAUGUGUAUUUCUACAUCUUAUAGUUUAUUUUAUAUGUAGCUUUCAUAAAAUAAUAAAAAUAUAUAAUGACAAUAAUGCAGUCAUUCAAUGGAUUCGUUCAAUGUCAUUGUUUGGACUAGAAAGAUAAAUAAAGUGACAAAUACAUUCCACUUAAAACAAAAUCAGAAAACGAAACUACAAGAAAGUAUCAUUUUGAAAAACUUACAAUAUAACCAUUUUUGAAG